AAGGCGCAUGUGCGGCUUUGAUGCCGGAGCCGGGAUGUGAGCAGCCUGUAAGGCCGCAGGCCGAGGCUUGGUAUAGCGUGGGCCCGCAAGGCUUGGAGCGGUUGCUUCUGACUAUCUACCUGACCCACCUACUUUACCUUUAUUAUUUGAUUUUCAUAUUUUACUUGGUUUGAUCCGAUCCUUGAGUAAUGACAGACCAGUCCGCCCUGCUCCUUAGGAAACAGUUGGCAGAACUAAAUAAGAAUCCAGUGGAUGGAUUUUCUGCUGGACUAAUAGAUGAUGAUGACAUAUACAGAUGGGAGGUUGUCAUCAUUGGCCCGCCAGAUACUCUUUUUGAGGGUGGAUUCUUCAAAGCUCAUCUGACCUUUCCUAAUGAUUACCCUUUGCGGCCUCCAAAGAUGAAUUUCAUUACAGAAAUCUGGCACCCAAAUGUUGCCAAGAAUGGUGAUGUAUGCAUUUCAAUUUUGCAUGAGCCGGGUGAGGAUAAAUUUGGUUAUGAGAAACCUGAGGAGCGUUGGUUGCCCAUUCACACUGUAGAGACAAUUCUCAUCAGUGUUAUCUCUAUGCUAGCUGACCCCAACAGUGAUUCUCCAGCUAAUGUUGAUGCUGCAAAAGAAUGGCGAGAUGAUCCAAAUGGUGAAUUUAAAAGGAAAGUUGCACGGUGUGUAAGAAAAAGCCAAGAAAUGGCAUAUGAGUAAUAUUUUUCCUCCAAUAUUGUGGUGUAGCUGAAAUGAGAACUUCGCUCUUACCUGUUCUUACUGGUCUCUGGCCACAACAUCAAUGCAGCUUGCAGCUAAGAAUUCCAUGCUGUUAAGCUUGGAUGGAUGAGAAUCCCUCAAGAGAGAUGCUCAUUGAUAAGAACUGUUGAAAGAAAUGUGACCCUCCGUUUAAUGCAACAAAAAAAGUUCAAAUUACCUUAAGUUUCAUCUCAGUUAUUUUCAAAUUGUGCCGUGAAUUAUGUUUAUUUAUUUGAAAGAAAUCAGACUGCUUAUGAAAGUGUUGUGUUAAGCAAGGCUUACUUUUGUGUCUCUGAAGAUUGUUGCUAUGCCUCAAGCAAAUAUAAUCAAAAUACUUUAGGAAAGGUUUGUGACAAACUAGUUCACCGAAUCAUUCAGUUAUGUAGCAUGUAAAUCUUUCUUAGUUUAACAAUUACAAAAAAAAUUCAGGUAAACUAAUAGUAUUCAAAUCUCAGUGGGAAAAGUGAUAGUUAAAAUGCCUUCUCAAUGUUCCCUUUUAAGUCAGUUUUGGUGCUGUAGCAAUUUCAGGGAAUACAAAAGGAGUUCUGGUUACCGCAUUUGCCAUUCAUUUAGAAGUUGUAUGAUUCAAUGUAAAACUUAUUUUUGAAUAACUAAACAUUGUAGAAUAUAUUAUGGAGCAGCUAAGAGGUUUGGGUGUUAUUAGCUGUUUUCUUGCUGGAAAGUAUGAAGAUUGUAAAAGCAUUCAGCUUUAACUUUUAUAAAUUAUUUCUACAUUUGAUCUGAACCUAAUAAACCGAAUUUAUUUUAGAA